AGGAGGCCUGGCAGGGUGGGAACUUGAGGGCAGCAGAGGCGGCCCCUUGGCCCAGGACGCCUGGAACCCGGGAGGCACGCUGCCCUGCCUUGGCCUCCCCGAGAUCCACCUGAAAUCUUUCAUAUGGUGCAUUGCUUGAGGAUGUACAAGCCAAAAGGACAAUUGGAGAAUGCUUUGUUCCUGAGAGAGAGCAAGCAGAGAGAUUAGGUGGAGGGAGGACCCAGAGCAAUGGCUGCUGCUCGUGAGGUGGAGAUGGAGGAUGUGAAUCUGAAUAGAGACAGGAAAGAAGACCUUGAGGAAGAGGAGGAAAUGAGAGAGGAUGGCGAAGGUAAAGAUCCCUCCAAGAAUAAAAAAGUCUACAGGGUUGUCUCAAAAUGGAUGCUUCCUGAACAGGCCCGGAGAACAUAUGUGGAGAGAGCUAACUGCUUCCCGCCCCCCGUGUUCAUCAUCUCCAUCAGCCUUGCUGAGCUGGCGGUGUUUAUUUACUAUGCUGUGUGGAAGCCCCAGAAACAGUGGAUCACCCUGGACGUGGGCAUUUUGGAAAGUCCCUUUAUCUACAGCCCUGAGAAGAGAGAAGAAGCCUGGAGGUUUAUCUCAUACAUGCUGGUACACGCUGGAGUUCAGCACAUCUUGGGGAAUCUUGUUAUGCAGCUUGCUCUGGGUAUUCCCUUGGAAAUGGUCCACAAAGGCCUCCGAGUGGGACUGGUGUACCUGGCAGGAGUGAUUGCAGGUUCCCUUGCCAGCUCUAUCUUUGACCCACUCAAAUAUCUUGUGGGUGCUUCAGGAGGAGUCUACGCUCUCAUGGGAGGCUAUUUUAUGAAUGUUCUAGUGAAUUUUCGAGAAAUGAUUCCUGCCUUUGGAAUUGUCAGACUACUGAUCAUCAUCCUUAUAAUUGUGUCAGACGUGGGGUUUGCCCUCUACAGACGGUUCUUUGUCCCAGCAAAUGGGUCUCCGGUGUCCUUUGCUGCUCACCUUGCGGGUGGAUUCGCUGGAAUGUCCAUAGGUUACACUGUGUUUAGCUGCUUUGAUAAGGCACUGCUGAAAGAUCCAAGGUUUUGGAUAGCAAUUGCAGCUUACUUAGCUUGUGUAUUAUUUGCUGUUUUUUUCAACAUUUUUCUAUCUCCAGCAAACUGACCUGCCCCCUAAGAUAAGCCAAUGAAUAAAAAGAGCCACCUGAGAAAGAACCGGAGAACUCUGUGAAGAAACAGACAAGUCCCAGCAAAUGUUAACCAUUUUAUAAAGAGGUCAAAAACACCACUGAAGUCAUUAGUUAUAGAGACUGCUUAUAAAAUGAGUUAGGGUCUAAGGGAGGGGCUUCUGAAUAGGAAGGAGGGAAGAGGAGCAGAGAAACCAUGGUGAAAACCAGAACUUGGCUCUUUCCAGACAUAAGGUGUGGUUUGUACAUGUCCUUGAGAGACCUGCUCUCCUUGGAGGAUAUAUUGUAGAGAUUGCUUGAUAGAAUCAAUGAAUACUUCACUAUGCUGAUAAUAAAAACUUUUCAUACCUG